AUGUCUUCUAGGCCGGAAUUGAAGGUCGACGACGAGGUAGGGUUCAUCAGAUUCUUCAAAUCCCUACCUACUGAAGGGGAAGAUACCAUACGAAUUUUCGACCGUGGAGAUUGGUACACCGCACAUGGGGAUGAUGCAUCAUUCAUCGCGCGGACUGUGUAUAAAACCACAUCCGUCUUGCGACAACUAGGAAGAAAUGAUCAUUCGGGCCUGCCGUCGGUCACCAUGACCAUUACCGUUUUCCGAAAUUUCCUUCGAGACGCUCUUUUCCGCCUGGGCAAGAGAGUAGAGAUCUGGGAGAAUUCUGGCCGGCUGAACUGGAAGGUCACAAAACAAGCAUCGCCCGGGAACCUACAAGAUAUAGAAGAAGAGCUGGGCGGUCAAUUCGAUGCUGCACCGAUUAUUCUAGCUGUCAAGGUCUCGGCGAAGGCCUCUGAAGCCAGGAAUGUUGGAGUUUGCUUUGCAGACGCGAGUGUUCGCGAGCUAGGGGUUUCCGAAUUCCUGGAUAACGAUUUAUAUUCGAACUUCGAGUCCCUUCUUAUUCAAUUGGGGGUCAAGGAGUGUCUGAUACAGGUUGACAAAGGAGAGAGGGAUGUGGAAAUGACAAAGCUUAAAGCUAUUAUCGACUCCUGUGGCAUCGCUAUUUCUGAGCGAGCUGCACCCGACUUUGGCACGAAAGAUAUCGAACAGGAUCUCUCAAGGCUAUUGAAGGAUGAAAAGGCCAUGGGUACUUUGCCUCAGACCGACCUGAAGCUUGCAAUGGGCUCAGCUGCAGCAUUAAUCAAAUAUCUCGGGGUUCUGCAUGAUUCUUCGAAUUUUGGUCAGUACCAACUGUAUCAACAUGAUCUUUCUCAGUUCAUGAAACUUGACGCCUCGGCCCUAAAGGCACUCAAUCUCAUGCCUGGACCAAGAGACGGAGCCAAAACCAUGUCCUUGUACGGUCUCCUCAACCAUUGCAAAACCCCUAUUGGAAGCCGGUUAAUGGCGCAAUGGCUCAAACAGCCCCUAAUGAGCAAAAAGGAUAUUGAGAACAGACAACAACUUGUUGAGGCAUUUUUUGAAGAUACAGAGUUACGACAAACCAUGCAAGAGGAGCAUCUACGAUCAAUCCCGGAUUUAUAUCGUCUCGCCAAGAGAUUUCAGAAGAAAAUGGCUAACCUUGAGGAUGUCGUCAGAGCUUACCAGGUUGUUAUCAGGCUACCAAAUAUCAUUGGUACUCUUGAAGGGGUUAUGGAUGAGCAGUAUCGGGACCCACUAGACGAGGCUUACACAACAAAGCUCAGGGAAUACUCAGAUAGUCUUGCAAAACUACAAGAAAUGGUUGAGACAACCGUCGAUCUAGCUGCUAUGGACAACCACGAAUAUAUCAUCAAGCCCGAAUUUGAUGAUGGGCUUCGGAUGAUCCGGAAAAAACUCGAUAAGCUGAGACAUGAAAUGGACCAGGAGCACAGAUCCGCUGGUAAAGAUCUUGGCCAGGAUAUUGACAAGAAGCUCUUUCUCGAGAACCACAAAGUCCACGGCUGGUGCAUGCGCCUCACAAGAACCGAGGCUGGUUGCAUACGAAAUAACAAGAGGUAUCAAGAAUGCUCAACACAGAAGAAUGGAGUCUUCUUCACAACACAGAAACUUCAAAGCCUUCGAAGGGAAUUUGACCAACUCUCAGAGAACUACAACCGCACGCAGAAAAGCUUGGUCAACGAGGUCGUCAGCGUUGCCGCUUCAUAUUGCCCAGUGAUCGAGCUGCUUGCGGGCGUAAUUGCCCAUAUGGAUGUUAUUAUAAGCUUUGCUCACUGCUCGGCCCACGCUCCUACAUCCUAUGUGAGACCGACGAUGCAUCCUCGGGGUGAAGGUAAUACCAUCUUGAAGGAGGCUAGACAUCCAUGCAUGGAGAUGCAAGACGACAUCCAAUUCAUCACAAACGACGUGAACCUCACAAGAGGAUCCUCGGAAUUCUUGAUCAUCACUGGACCAAAUAUGGGCGGGAAAUCUACAUAUAUCCGCCAGAUAGGGGUCAUAGCUCUCAUGGCACAGAUAGGGUGCUUUGUCCCAUGCUCUGCAGCAGAAUUAACAAUAUUCGACUGCAUCCUCGCACGGGUAGGUGCCAGCGACUCCCAGCUCAAAGGCGUCUCGACCUUCAUGGCAGAAAUGCUCGAGACAGCCAACAUCCUCAAGUCAGCCACAUCCGAAUCUCUCAUCAUCAUUGACGAGCUCGGCCGCGGGACAAGCACAUACGACGGCUUCGGUCUAGCUUGGGCAAUCUCGGAACACAUUGUCAAAGAAAUCGGCUGCUUCUCCAUGUUCGCUACGCAUUUCCAUGAACUUACUGCGCUGGUGGACCAAUACCCACAGGUCCAAAAUCUUCACGUCGUCGCACACAUCGACGACCAGGGCAAGGCGAAAAGAGAAGUCACGCUCCUGUAUAAAGUCGAAGAAGGAAUCUGUGAUCAAAGUUUUGGAAUUCAUGUUGCAGAAUUAGUUCGUUUCCCCGAGAAAGUCGUGAAUAUGGCGAAGAGGAAGGCGGAUGAGUUGGAGGACUUUACGAGUAAGCAUGACGGAAUGGCUAUUAAGUGUGAGAAGGAAGAUAUAGAGGAGGGAAGCAUGUUGUUGAAAGAUGUGUUGGUGAGGUGGAAGAAGGAGUGUGAGGGUAAGGAUUUAAGUAAGGAGGAGAAGAUUGGUGUAAUGAGGGAUUUAGUCAAAGGCGACGAGAAGCUGUUGGCGAAUCCUUUUUUUCAGAGCGUAAAAGCCCUGUAG